GUUUCUUUCUCAUGCUCACUUCCCCAACUACAUAAUACUAAACCUAUCAGCACCACCAGAAACCAUGCACAUAAAGUCUUUAGACGAUUCUACAUACUCGGAGUGACGCUGCCGUUUUCAUAAUUGAUCCUUCGCUGCUCUUGCACGCUGUGCCAAGCCGCUCUCGACGAUGGGCCAACAAUCGUCUGUGGCUCGCCACGGCAGCAGAGAAACAGAUCGACUACUCCCUUUGGGUCCUGACGACAUAGAUCAUGAUGGCUGCUUCCCUCCUCACUCGGCCCGGGAUCCGUGCCCAGCAAACCCUUAUGCUAAUCUACCUGUCUAUACGACGAUUCAUCGGAUACGACGGGAUAUUAUAGAAGCUAUUGAUGAUCCAUACAGCAUUGAGCAGCUUCGCGAUCCACGCAUGAACAUGUCCGUGGUCAGACCGCUGGUAGACAAGCUCUACGAGGCAAACGAUGUCUCUAUGGUAUACUGUCUCUUAGUGAACCGUGCUCGCUUCCAGAGGGAGCAGCUGUCUCAAGCCCACCAGCAAAGUGUCUGUGCAACUCGCGCUAUCUUAUGCGAGCUACUAGCCAACAGGAUUCUAAGACGUUUUCAUGAGGAUAAUACAGGCACACGGGGAUUAUUGCUGUUGGCUCAAAUUCUCGUGGGCGGUUUUGACCCGUUCCAGGGCGCUCCUGCUGAAAUUGUCGAGGAAGGCAACCAUGUCCCAUGGACAAGUCAUACAAGAACGGGUGCUAAACGCAAACUUCCGGCUCUCGAGAUUGCCAUAAUAUCUGAGAGCAAGGUAUUUCUCAGCUCCUCAGCGUGCCAAAAGGUUGUAAACGCCAUUUAUGAGGGACGAGUGAUUUAUACACCCACGUCGUUUAUCGAUAUCUUGCCAGACCACUACAAGCAAAAGCCUAUCUCGUUAUACAAUCCAAGAAAAGCGCCUCUUCUCAAUCAAUACCGACUCAUUGUGCCAAGGACGAGGAGUAUCCUAGAGAUCUGUCAAUUUGUGGUACUGCUAGCGUUGUUCUUAUUUGUGAUGGUAGACCGCAACCCGUCCACCUUCGGAUUCUUUGAAGGAUUGUUCAUAAUCUAUACCCUAGGGUGGGUAUUAGAUCAAUUUGUGAGUAUGUUAGAGCAUGGCUGGCAUGUGUACACGCAGAAUCUUUGGUCAUUUCUGGAUGUGACCUUCUCAGCCGUUUUCGCCGUGUAUCUUGUCCUGCGUUUAUAUGGCUGGCGGACUGAUGAGCCUGAACAAGGCCAGCAGGCGAUGGAUGUUCUUGCCAUGGGUGCCCCCGUUCUAGUCCCGCGGUUGGCCUUCAACUUGAUGUCCGAGAACAUGCUGUUUGUCUCUCUGCGUGCGAUGAUGAAGGACUUUACUGUCCUUACGUUGCUAGCUGUGUGGUGUUUUGCCGGCUUCCUUCUCUCAAUGACAUGGUUGAGUGACGGCACCCACGAGCCCAUUACUAUCUCAAAGUGGAUGUUAUGGGUCUGGUUCGGCUUAGAUGGGACGGGAAUACAACGCUCCGUUGAUUUUCAUUGGCUACUGGGACCAAUACUUAUGGUUGCGUUCGCAUUCCUAGGCAAUACCCUCUUCUUGACUAUCCUGGUCUCUAUGCUCAGCACUACUUUCUCGACCAUCGUUGCGAACGCUACAGCCGAGAUACAAUUCAGGCGCGCUGUUCUCACCUUGGAAGGUGUAAAGUCAGACGCAAUAUUUGCCUACCAGCCACCCUUCAAUCUUCUCGCUUUGGUGGUCCUUCUGCCUCUCAAAUUUGCUUUAACUCCUCGUUGGUUCCACAAAAUCAACGUAGCAGCAGUUCGAGCCCUGAACGCUCCACUCCUGCUUCUUAUCGCCAUCAUUGAACGACGGACAUUGUGGUCAGGUACUCCGCGUUUCCGUGAUGUCGAGCAAUUACCUAAAUCGCCUGUCCGUCCUAGCCUAUGGCGACUUUCUAGAGGUUUCUCUGUACAUGGAGACAUCCAAACCGUCUUUGAUGUCGAGCCACCACCGUCAAUCGAACAAGAAAUUGCCAAUGAAGACGACCUUGGCCACCAUUCGCUGGAGAAUGACUUUGAGAGAGAGUUUGGCCCCGAAAUGGGAGUGAAGAGAACGAGAACCAAUACGUCAAAGAGCAGAAGAGACUCGGUUGCCCCGUUCGCCGGAAUCACCGGUAGAUUAAGGGAUCUCCUUAUAGAAGGUAGCGAAGACGGCGAUGGCGAUAUUACAAUCAAGAAGAGGCUGGAGGCUCUGGAAGAGGCUACGGCGAGGAUUGAGGGCAUGCUAGGAAGAUUGUGUGAGGAACUCGACGACAGCUCAGGGAAAAGUGAUAUUGUCCAAGGCAAAGAGACAGGUACUAUGGAUGACCUCGACGUGAGUGGGACAGCAGACAUUGAUGACUAAGUGUAUCUACUGUACGGGCUGCCUUUAUGUACUGUGAAUUUCGUGUAGCAUUUAGUUUCAGAGAAUCAAAAAGAUCAAGGAGAGGCUGGACAUUGAGGGCAAAGUCGAUACUUGGGAUGCUUGUGUUCGUACUCCCCAAAAAUUUGUAUUCGUCACCU